CUGUCCUCCUUUCUGGCUGCCCACUUUUAGUCAUUUCGUCGUUGCAUUUGUUCAUAAUUUGGUACGUCUCGAAAGUGUCUGAUUAGGAAAUAUUCCUUUUUAAUAAGCUGUGUAGAUUCAAGCAUUUCUGAUUAUAAUUGACUGAUUGGUUAAUCGUAUAAAAACCACUCGCAAUCCUAGUGCAUCAACUUAACCUUCACCUUCACCUUCAACAACAUCUUUAACCAAACAUCAAUUACAACAACUACGCAACGUGAUCACCAUGGGGUUACGCUAUUCAACUCAUAUCGACUCUGAUGGGAAAACAGCCAUCACAUAUGGCUGUUGCUAUUGCAGAACCCACCUUUCAUCCUCCAGCCUAAUCAUGUCAAAGGACUAUAGAGGCAGAACUGGUGAUGCUUUCCUUAUGGAAAAAGUCGUCAACAUCGUUCAAGGUACAAAGCAAUUACGUGAUAUGAUGACUGGUAAAUAUUUGGUUAGUGAUAUCCGCUGUCACCAAUGUGGUAACCUUGUUGGUUGGAAGUACCAUCAUAGUGAAGUCAAGAACCAGAAGUAUAAGGAAGGGAAAUACAUUCUUGAACUUCAGACUAUAGUGAGAUGUAAAUGAAAUUGUUCAUUUAUCUCUCAAAUCAUUUGACUAUUAUAUAUUAAUAGUCAAUUUCAAGCUUAGGCUCAUGAUCUUCAAUUCUUCAUCAAUUAUCGAUGGUUUUUAUCAUUUUUUUACAUUUAUAUUAUAGGUUUUUUAUUCAUUAAUGGUUAUGGUGGUUAUGGCGGUUAUUAUGGUUUCAUGGUUUUAAUUAUAUGGUUUUCUAGAAUAUUACAACAAAUAUGGUCAAUGAUUUUUCUAUUUAAACGGCGGCACACUAUUCAAAUUAGUUACUUUAAACUAAUAAGGAUCUUUUAGGCAAGGUCUUUAUCGUUCAAAGUGUUUUGGAUUGUGGGUAUUCAUCUGUUGUCGUCACUCUGGCCUAGAUGGAGUUAGCGUUUAUUGUAUACCCC